UCAUUGUCAGGAGAGUUGCAGUGCGAGCAGGAGGGAGAGAAACGCAGGUACAGGUACAACAGCAGCACUUCAGCCAAACAGCAUCACAGAAAACACACUCUGCUACACUCAACUGAGAGAAGAUGGAAACGGACAGAGUGAAUUUCUCACCAGCAAGAAGGCCACUACUCAGAGAUGAGCAAAGACAAGUAUCUCAGCUGAGUUUCUACCUAAGCCCACCUCCACUCUACAUUAAGCCCCCCAAAUGCUCCCCUCCCAGAUACCCCAGCACAUCACCAAGCAAAGACAACUAUGGCGCGUUCAGCCCCCCCGCCUUCUUUCUUGGUCCGGGUUACACCCAAAGGGAAGGAUCCCAAAAACGCAAAAGAACUCCUCUCAAAAUGGACGGCCAAAGAGGUGAAUCUCCCGACAGAGGAGUCGAGGAGGCAGACAAAAGCAGCAGUAAGAAGACGGUGCACCUCUCUCACAUCCCCUUCUCCCUCCCACCUCGACCCAUUCCCUCCCCAUCUCCUAAGCCCAUCCCCAGUAUGAUCGAGCUAAACACACUGCAUCUUCAUCACAGAUCGCCAGGUAUGAAUCUACCUGUGCAGGUGAAACAGGAGCCUCUCAGUCCUUCCCCUGUUUGGCCUCCCUCUCCUCUCCUCCUCCACCCUCCCUACUUCCCACCUCUCCACCACAGCCUCUUCCCAUACCCUUUCUUCAUGCCCAGCCCCGUCAUGCACCUCUCCCCUGGUUCUUUCUACCCAAGAGAGGACCUCCGCCCCGGGCAUCGCGGCCGUGAAGGACCCCCUCGGGGUGGGACGACCAGUGCUGAAAAGCUCGGCCUCAACGUCCACGUGGAUGACAGUUAUUAUGUAGACAUGGGUGGAGGCCAGAAGAGAUGGAAGUGUCGCAUGUGUGAGAAGUCCUACACCUCCAAGUACAACCUGGUAACACACAUCCUGGGGCACAACGGCAUCAAGCCACAUGGAUGCCACCUGUGUGGGAAGCUGUUUAAGCAGCUGAGCCACCUGCACACACACCUGCUCACCCACCAGGGUAUGAGGCCCCACAAGUGCCAGGUGUGCCACAAGGCCUUCACUCAGACCAGCCACCUGAAGAGACACAUGAUGCAGCACAGCGAUGUGAAGCCAUACAGCUGCAGUGUGUGCGGUAGAGGCUUUGCUUACCCCAGUGAGCUUCGCGCUCACGAGCUGAAGCACGACAAAGGACAGGAGAACGUUUGUGUGGAGUGUGGGCUGGAUUUCCCCACGCUGACCCAGCUGAAGAGGCACCUGACCGCCCAUCGCGGCCCCACCUUGUACAGGUGUGCAGAGUGCCAGAAGACAUUCCAGUACCCGAGCCAGCUUCAGAACCACAUGAUGAAACACAAAGACAUCAGACCGUAUAUCUGCAGCGAGUGUGGGAUGGAGUUCAUCCAGUCACACCACCUGAAACAGCACACGCUCACUCACAAAGGGGUGAAGGAGCACAAGUGUCGCAUCUGUGGUCGUGAGUUCACCCUGUUGGCAAACAUGAAGCGCCACGUCCUCAUCCACACCAACAUACGGGCCUAUCAGUGCCAGAUGUGCUUCAAGAGUUUUGUCCAAAAACAGACUCUGAAGGCUCACAUGAUCGUCCACUCGGACAUCAAGCCCUAUAAAUGCAAGCUUUGUGGUAAGCAGUUCAACAGGAUGCACAAUCUAAUGGGCCACAUGCAUCUCCAUUCAGACAGCAAACCCUUCAAAUGCCUUUACUGCCCGAGCAAGUUCACGCUGAAGGGAAACCUCACCAGACACAUGAAGGUCAAACACGGCGUCAUGGACAGGGGGCUGGAUGAAAGAUUGUUUAGGCGAAGAGGGCGAUUCUGCAUGUCCACUCCCAUGGGCCUCCUCACCCGCUUCAGCCAAGAGGAACCGUUUGACCUUUCCCAGAAGCCCCCGGGCCUGCCCGGCCUCCGUCUCUCCCAGUCGGAUGGCGAGAGCGUCCCUGGAAGCUCGUGUCAGGAGGAGGAUGAGGAGAGUUUGUACAGAAGGAGCCAGUACAGCCCCGAGGUGGACCAACAUGAGCCAGCAGGCGAGGACCAGUACAUGGCUGAGCUGGAGGAGAGAGGGCAGGUGUCUCCGGCUGAGCUAAGGCCGGAAGAGAAGCAGAAAGAAAUGUGUCAGCAGAGUUUAGAGGAAAAGAGGGAGGCAGCAGCAGAGGGACACUCUGGAGAUCCCAGAGGUGACCAGGCGCACCCCUUACAGUCAGAAGAGACAUCCGAGAUGGCAGAACUAGAAGUAGAUCACCAAGAGCGAGACGAGCCAGAGCAAAGCAAACAGCAGGUGGACGGCUUUUGUGACGCAGCAAGCAGACAGGAACCAGAGUAGAUCAGAGACAGGUGGAAUAAUGAAUCGCUCGCGCAUAUGUGAAUUAAUUAGGAGUUACGGGUCCACGGAAUGAAGAAGAGUAGUAACAGUUCGACAAAGAGUGAGAAGAAGAUGCAGGUUUUAGGGAAGACUGUUUUUUUUUUUUUGACAGGAAAGUGAAGUAAAGUGUGUCUGUGUCUAACUGAAACUAGAUUAUGUGGUUUAGUAGCUUAGAACCAAAAAAGAAAGAUGAACAUAUCAUGGUUAUUAACAGUGAAGCGACUGAAAUACAAAGCUGUGAAGCGUAACGCAUGUACAGAACAUAUUAUACACUGAUUAAUAGUCACUGACAGAGGGUUAAUGUGCAUUUAUGAGUGGAUAAGUAUGAUUAUUUUUUGAAAGUAUUUUUUUUACAAAUAAUUUUGCAAUAUUGACUGAAAUAUGCAAUUUUGCUUAACUUUUAAAUUUAUAAAUCUAUGAUGUCAAAAUCAAAAAUUGGGCUUGUGUUGGGGUUAUUUUGUUUUGUUUGUUUGUGGGAUAUUGUGGUUUUAACAGAUACAGAUAUGACAAAACUUGAUUUUCUCAAAUCUUUGGUGUCUUUAUGAAAUAAACUGUGAUUUAGUUUUUUAUGUCUAAUGUAUAAUUUUUUUUAAUCUACAUGUUUUAAUUGUAUGGCAGUGUAAUGGUGAAAUCAUCUGGAUGUGAUACUGCUAAUGCAAAAAUAAAAGCUUGGACGCAUGAACCGGUUAAAUGAAAUCUGCUGUUUGUGCUUUUAGACACCCUAUAAACAUGACCGUUUUUUAAAGAAUAUAAAAACGGCCGUUGAAUGUCAACCUUCUCCGUCUGACACG